UUGUCAGUGUUGUGAUAGCAAUCUUGAAUUCAGGCACACCAUCACAUACAAAACAGACUGCUGGUAUCCUUACCUCUCAGAAUUAUAUUUUUGGACAAAGUUACUGCAUGCAAAAACUGUUUACCCACAGAGAGUGAUACAUCUGCCCAAGAUGGCGGACGUCAAUGCGGAAGUGCCGUGUGCCGUGGUAAUAUUCAGCGGCAAGAGAAAAUCUGGCAAAGAUUUCGUGACCGACCUCCUUCAAAGAAGGGUUGGCGAAGACAAUUGCGAGCUCAUGCGGUUAUCAGGUCCACUGAAAUCUCAGUACGCAAAGGAACAUGACCUCAAUCUUCAACGUCUCCUGGAUGCCUCAGAGUACAAGGAGACCUACAGGUUAGACAUGAUCAGAUGGGGAGAGGAGAGGAGAAACCAGGACCCAGGGUACUUCUGUCGCCUAGCAACAAGAUGCCCCGGAGCACAAAAACCUGUCUGGAUCAUAACGGAUGCCAGGAGAAAGACAGAUAUUCAGUACUUCAGGGAAAAGUAUGCGACUCGUGCUAUCAGUGUUAGGGUGGAGGCUCAGGAGGAAGUAAGGAGAAAACGAGGAUGGGUAUUCACAUCAGGAGUUGAUGAUGCUGAGUCUGAAUGUGACCUGGAUUUGGGAGUGACGUGGGAUGUUGUCAUCACCAACAAUGGAGAACAUGCAGAACUCAUGGAACAGCUUGAUAAACUUGUAUAUACCAUCAGAGAGAAACAAUCAAAACAGUAACCUCAGGAAGAAGCAGAAAUUCAUGUUAAAAUACCUGGUGCAUUGUUGGAACUACAUGUGGUCAUUUCUCAAUAAAUUGAUACCAUUCUGCAGUAAUUGUAUGCACAAUUGCAUGUGAACUUCUAUGACCUGUAUUCUGAGAGUUUCAAACAAUGUGCAAUCGUGCCAUAGGUUGUUCUCACAUAACUAUCUUCAUGGUGCAGUUUAAAUGCUACAAUUACUUAGCUGUCAUUCAUCA